CAUCUUCUUCAUCCACAAUUGACUUCACCCGCAUCUCAUUCCCCUCCCGGUGACUGAGUCGCGGUGGUCUCUUUCCGACCCCAAACUCACUCCAUUAUACAUUUCCGUUUCCAUUAUCUCCUCAAACCCCGAAACAGAGACCCUCUCCUUCUUCUUUCUCUCGGAUUAGAAGGAGCAGGUUUCAGAACUCAUUCAGAACAAAACAGGAAUGGGCUCGGAACUGAUUUUCAGAGGGCAUGAGGCCCAUCCCGUCGACGACGCCUACUCGCCAAAGCCCAACAAACCCUGGCUCUCCGUCACUCGCCCGAUUCACUACAUGCUCCGUGAGCAGCGACUCCUCUUCGUCCUCCUCGGAGUCGUCAUCGCCACCGUCUUCUUCACACUCGUCCCCUCGUCUUCCACCUCCUCGCCCGCCGUCCCCUACGAGCCGCUCCCGAUCUCGUACUUCGAGCGCGAGUCCAAGCUUCCGGCGUACCACCACCGCGUCGCGGCGGGGGUGCAUUCGGUGGGGAAGGUGCCUCUGGGGAUUAAACGGAAAGGACUCCGGAUCGUCGUGACAGGUGGCGCGGGGUUCGUAGGAUCGCACCUGGUGGAUCGGUUGAUUGCGCGAGGGGACAGUGUUAUCGUGGUGGACAAUUUCUUUACUGGAAGGAAGGAGAACGUCAUGCACCACUUUGGGAACCCUAGAUUCGAGCUCAUCCGGCACGACGUCGUGGAGCCUCUGCUGCUGGAGGUGGAUCAGAUCUACCAUCUCGCUUGUCCUGCUUCCCCUGUCCAUUACAAGUUCAAUCCCGUCAAGACUAUCAAGACCAAUGUGGUGGGGACCUUGAACAUGCUUGGGCUUGCCAAGAGAGUGGGUGCGAGGUUCUUGUUGACCAGUACCAGUGAGGUUUAUGGAGAUCCUCUGCAGCAUCCUCAGAAGGAGACUUACUGGGGCAACGUCAAUCCGAUUGGUGUCCGGAGCUGCUACGACGAGGGUAAGCGUACGGCUGAGACAUUGACCAUGGACUAUCACCGAGGUGCCGGCGUUGAGGUUAGAAUUGCGAGAAUCUUUAACACCUACGGGCCGCGAAUGUGUUUAGAUGAUGGUCGUGUUGUCAGUAACUUCGUUGCUCAGGCACUAAGGAAGGAGCCUUUGACUGUUUAUGGGGAUGGGAAGCAGACAAGGAGUUUUCAGUAUGUCUCUGAUUUGGUGGAGGGUCUAAUCCGCCUUAUGGAAGGAGAACACGUGGGACCUUUCAAUCUUGGAAAUCCGGGAGAAUUUACCAUGCUUGAACUUGCCAAGGUGGUUCAAGAAACAAUCGAUCCUGAUGCGAGGAUUGAGUACAGGCCCAACACAGAGGAUGACCCGCACAAGAGAAAGCCUGAUAUAGGUAGGGCUAAGGAGCUACUUGGGUGGGAACCCAAGGUCGACCUGCACAAGGGUCUCCCACUAAUGGUUUCUGACUUCCGGCUACGCAUUUUUGGUGACCACAAGGAAGGUGCAACCGUAGCCUAAUUCUUGCCAGGAGUAUGUUACAUCCGUCUUAGAGUGAGAAAGGGAAAAAGAUAAUAUAGUUCGAGGAUAACCCUGGUCCGCAAAGGUCCAUUAGUCACAGCAUUGUAUGAGCUCUUCUACUAAAAUCUCCCUUCUGUCUUUGUUCUCCUCCGUCACUCUUUGUAUGUGGGGUUUUUACCCACUUUCAAGAUUGACAACCACCCAUGAUCCCAUUUUUCAUUUUCCUGCCAUCUAUAUUCUAUUCUCUAUUUUUUUUAAUGUAAUUGGUAUGUGCUCUUCGUUACAGUAUAGUUAUCUCAACAUUUUAUCUUUCACUACUA